CCGGCCGUUUUCACUUCCGUCUGCAAGACAGCCGUGUCGUUUCUUCUAUCACACCGCUCCAAUCGGGUCUACGAGUUCGUGAGAAAAACGCGGCAAGACGACGAGUCCCCGCAAGGGACGAGGUAUCCGUGAUAAAAGAAAGAAGACGGAGAAAGGAAGGACGUGGUCCAAGUUUGCCUGGAUCCAGGCGUGAUCUUGCUCAAGCAGAUUCAUCUACCGCCUUAUCGGCGGUCUCCUCGCAUCGUUUGUCCGAAGAAGCGGCACGAUGACGGACAAUCAGUAUUCCAGUUAUCAGCAGCAAGGAUAUAAUCAGUACAGCCAGCCACCUCCCACGACUGGUCAGGAUACGUCGUAUCCACCACCAUCGACUGGUGGGAGUAACUACAAUCAGUACAGUCAGCCGCCUCCGAGUACCGGCUCAAACUACGGAAGCUACAACAAUUACAGUUCUAACAGUGGCCAAGACUACAAUCAGUCACAAAGUCAGGGCAGCUACAGUGGCCAGAACAGCUACGGCAGUGGCGGUGGUGGUGGCGGCGGCGGCGGGGACAGUAGCAAUAACUACGGGAAUUACGGAAAUAGUGGAGGUGGCGGUGGAGGAUAUAAUCGCAACUCCGGUUCUUAUAGCGGAGGCCAAGGAGGUGGCGGUGGAGGCGGUAGAUACGGCGACCGCGGCGGUUACGGAGAUCGCUCCGGCGGCGGUUACAACAGUGGCGGUGGCCGUGGUGGUUAUAACAAAGGGGGCUACGACCGUAACAGCAGUGGCGGUGAAGGAAUGGUUACGCAAGAGGAUACUAUUUUUGUAUCCGGUAUGGAUCCAUCGAUCUCCGAGGAAGAGAUUUGCCAGCAUUUCGGAGCGAUUGGCAUUAUUAAACAAGACAAACGCACGGGUAAGCCGAAAAUUUGGAUGUACAAAGACAAGAACACGGGAAAACCAAAAGGCGAGGCAACGGUCACAUAUGACGAUCAAAACGCCGCGCGUUCAGCCAUCAGUUGGUUCGAUGGCAAGGAUUUUAAAGGCAGCACAAUAAAAGUGCAAAUGGCCCAGCACAAAAGCAGCUGGCAAGGUAGCCGCAUGGGCGGUAGUCGAGGCGGCGGUAGCCGGGGCCGAGGUGGUAGUUUCGGCGGUCGUGGCGGAGGCGGCGAUCGCGAUGAUCACCAUCGCGGAGGCGGUGGUGAUGAUCGUCGUGAUAGUGGCGGCCGUGGAGGUGACUGGAGGUGUCCCAACCCUGACUGCGGUAACACGAAUUUCGCAUGGCGGGAUCAGUGCAAUCUCUGCAAGAGCGCAAAACCAGAAGGCCUCGGUGGUGGUUAUGGCGGUGGCGGCGGCGGUGGCGGUGGCGGCAGAGGUGGUGGUGGCCGAGGUGGCGAUCGCGGUAGCCGAGGAGGUUACAGGAACGAUCGAGGCGGACGUGGAGGUGACAGAGGUGGCAGAGGCGGUGGCGGUUUCCGCGGUGGAGACCGAGGCGGCCGCGGAGGACGAGGCGGUCCUAUGAGGGGUGGCGGCGGUCGGGGCGACAGAGACAGGGACCGCCAGCGACCAUACUAAUAUCAUAUUCUUAAAAAGUAUCGACGGCUAGCCCGCCGUCAUUAUAAACGAUUUGUACACAUAUUGUACACACUUUCAGCGCUUGUACAUUUUGCAGAGUCAAGUUCACUCUUUACUCUAUAUAUACGACAUGUAUUUCUUUUCGCGUGCUCUUUUUAUAUUGGUCGGAAUUACGUCACAUGUAUGUUACGUUCGUAUAAAAUCAAAUAUCCAAAUAGACAGCAAUAGACAGACCUUGAAUGUGAAUA